GAAAUAAAAUAUUUUAAAUUUUUAGAAAGAUUUUGUUACAUUUUUUCUCAACAUUUUGUUAUAACUAAAAAUAAAAUUUAAAUUUACAGUUAAAAUUGAUGUAUUAUUAAUAUCUUUAUAUAUUUAAUAGAUUAAUAUAAAUAAUUAAAUAAAUGUAAUUAAUGAAAUGGAUCUAAUAAGGCUAGUAUGACAUUUUUAUGGUAGAUAAAAAUGGUACUUCUCUUUUAAUAGAGAAGAUUUCGGCUAAUCAAUCCAAAAAUCCAAAAAUUUGUUUUCGCAUCUAAAUUAGAUAUGAAUUUGGUCAACUUUCACUGCUCUUUAAUUAGUUAAAGGUAAGCAAAACGAGCCCAUUUGUAAGCAUCAAAACAUAAAAGUUCCCCGAUUUUCAUUUUUAAAUCUCUAAUUUGUUCUCUUAAAUUUUGUCAUUCCUCAGUCGUUUGUUGCAACAAAUAACAGAUUGUUCUUAUGUUUCAUUCUCGGGUUGUUUUCAUUUUUUAUUUUAUUUUUGUACGUACAGUCGGGUUGUUUUCAUAAGAACAGAAUCCCAUGUAUUUUUUGAUGAUCGAACAGUCUUGGAAGUAGGUCGAUCACAUGACGUCUUAAUGGAAACUCCAGCAGAUACAAACUUUCAAAUUUUGUCCUAGCUAGUAGAACAGAAAGACGCCUUUCAGUGGAGUUACUAAAGCACUUCUCCUUUACUGCCAUAGAAAUAUUGAUCUUUCGUGAUCGAAUUUUUUUGUAAUGAAGGGAAUUUGUUAAAUUCAGGUUUACUAUGAGCUUUCAACUCAAAACUAAUUGGCAAUUAGUGGAUUCAUCACAACCCUUUAUAUAUUACUUAAUGUCCCAUUGAUUUUUCAAUGUGGGAUACAUAUCCCUUAAUAUCCCUCCUCGAGAUGAUGGCUUUUAUCGGCCAGAAAUCUCGGAAACUUUUUAAGACAGUUAUACUCGGUCGAGCGAAUCAAUUACGACCUAUAUACCCGGUCGGGUACGGUUAAUAUUAAUUAGGGGUUUAACUUACUAGGAUCUGGGCUCUGAUACCAUGUUAGAUUCGGGUUUAUUAUAGGCUUCCAACUUAAAACCAAUUGACAGUUAGUGGAUUGACCUUAACCCUUUAUAUAUUACUUAAUGUCCCAUUGAUUUUCUAAUAUGGGAUACAUAUCCGUUAAUAUCCGUUAAUAGAAUUGGUCGUUUUCCCAAAGAUUUAUCCUACUCAUGACUCAACGUUAUGACCUUGUCAAGCCAGUUUGUUCGUGUUAUCCAUUUGGUUCUUAUCAGUUUGAUAUGAAAAGAUGUUGAUCUAAUUAUAAGUAACGUUAGUAUUUAUAAAUAUGAAUUAAUGUGGUAUAAAAGAACACAUAUAUAAUUAGAUGAGGUAUAAUGACAAAAUCAUUAUAUUUAUUCUGUUAAAAAAAUAUAAUGCAAGAUUUAAUAUGUGGUAUACACAGAGGAUUAAUGAAAAUGUAAAAAUAUAGAACAUAUGAAUCUAAGAUAUGAAUGGUUUAUGUAAUACUCCCUUCGUUUUAUAAUACAUGACGUUUUAGAGAAUUUUAUUUCCAAAUUAUAUGACAUUUUUAAUUUUUUAUACAAAAUUUAUUAACAACUAAUAUUAUAUGACCAAUGAUAUUAUACAUUCUAUUUUUUUAUUUUUUGAAUUGUGGUGAAAUAAAUAAUUAAUGAUGUUAUUGUUUAAAAUAUAUAAGAAACUAAAUGUGUGCACAAGACAAAAAAAUCAUGUAUUAGGGCAUUUCCAACCCAAUUCUAUUUUUCACUUUAAAAUAGAGUUUAUAAUAAAAAUGCUCUAAUGUUACAUUAUUUCUCACUCUAUAAUAGAGUAAAGGUUUACUCUAAAUAUAGAGUAACUUGUUUUUUUUUCAUCAUUCUAUUUUAUACUCUAAAAUAAAGUACCAUUGGAGCAAACUUAAAUUAUAUUAUAGAGUUAUUCUAAUUUAGAGUAAAAAAUAAAGUAAACCAUCGAUGAUCUGGAGAAAGUGCAUGUAACUUUUACAAAUAAAGUUCAUAUCUUGUUUUGCAUGUCAAUUAAUAUACAGAUCAUAUACGUCAGUUUGGUAAAGUAAUCAUUUGACUAGUAUUAAAUGAAAUUAUAUACGUUAUCUAUUAUUUUCUAUUUGACUUCAAUUUUGUUUAAAUUUGUAACUUUUUUUUUUUGAGAAAGGGCUUUUAAUUUUUUUUUAACUCUUUAAGAUUAUAUAUGACAAUAUAAGCAAUCAAUUGUUUAAUAACAUAACCGCAUUUUAAAGGUGAUAUAUUAAAAUGUAAUAUAUUUUUCCUCCUUUUGGUCAAAUAUAUUUUACCUCUUUAAGGUGACAAUAUCUGAGUUUUGAUUUCAGUAUAACACUAUAUAUAGGCAAUUUGACCAAUAGAACAAACAUUACAUCUUAACUAAGAUCGUCUAAGAUAAACGAAAGAUGAUUUCUAAGACCAUUUUCGUAUGCAUAUUCGUCUUCUCCUUCUUUGCUCUACAUCAAUGCAACCAAAUGGAUGUUGGAGAAAUAGAGAGCAAGCUCGUUAUUCCAAAAUGUAUCCAUAGAAGAUGUUCAGAUCAAGGCUUUUUCCAAAGAGAUUGUUGGUGCUGUAUGAAAGAUCGAACGCUCCCUUGUUUCAAAGAACAAAUUGAUUGCGAUUCAGAUAGGCGUUGUCCUCCUAUACAAUUAAGACUUUAGAAAAUCAAUGUAAUAUUAUUAUUUUUUCAAAUCUAUAUAAAUGCCAUUGUCCAAACAAUAAACCAAUAUAAAUGCAACUAACAAACUAUGAUUUUAGCCUAUUUGAAAUCAUGAAACAUUUGCGGUUCAUUUGAGAUGAAUAAAGGCAAUUUGUUCUAAAACGCGGCUGCCGUGACCGGCUUUGUGGCGUUUAAGGGCUCGAUGGUUCCCGGACCUCUCGAUUUGGUCCAAAUUGGUGAACUAGGCGGAGUUAAUAGAAAAAAUCGUUUUUUGUCAUUCUAAGGCUCCGAAUGGUAACUGCGGUUUGAGCGGUGCGGAACAAGCGGUUUACCUGCGGUGCGGUUCUAACAGUUAUAAUAACGUGUAGAUAUAUGAUAUAUAUAGAGAUAUUUGUUACUGUUAACUGCGGUGCAGGGCGGGACGGUUCGUAACAUUCGAAGCCUAAGGCUUAAAAUCUAUUCAUAUAUGAAUAAUAUAUGAGUUUAGAGGGUAAAUUUUGAUUGAAAUGCAAAAAAAUUAAGAUAAUGUGAAUAAUAUCAAUGGCGGCCAUGGAGAAUAUUUGUAGAAACCCUAAUCUAUCAAUGGGGAAGAGGAAUAUUUUAUGGAAAUGUCCUCCAUUUAAUAAAUCAUGAAAAAAGAGAAAAUGUGCCGAGGGAGUAAAAUAUGAACUCGUGGACGCAAAUCAGGGUCCUUACCAUUAGGGUUGGGAUCAGGAUACCCGAAAUUUUUUGGAUAUUCAGAUUCGGAUUUGCAUCCGUCAAAUCUGUGAUUUUGGUAUUCAGAUCCGGAUAUCCGCGAGUAUCUAGAUCCGGCUUCGGAUCCGUAAAAAAAUAUUUUUUUCUAAAAUACUAAAUUUUUUAAACUAAUAUGUAAAUUAAAUAUUUCUACAAAAUUUAUAAAAAUGUAAAUAAAAUUAUAAAAAUUUAAAAUAUAAUAAUAUAAGACUUAUUUUAUGUAUAAAAUAUUAAUAUAUCAACUAUAAUUAUUUAUAAAAUUUAAAAUUUAAUAUAUUUAAAAAAAUUUGGAUACGGGUCCAGAUAUCCGGAUCUAGAUUCAGCGAAUCUGAUAUUUUACUAUCUGGAUCUGAAUCCGGGCACUCUGGAUAUUCUAUUUUUGGAGCGGAUCUGGAUCGGAUCCCGGAUAAUAAGUCUCAGCCCUACUUACUGCCAAACCAUGUUUAUAUCAUUGUUAUGUAUUACAAAUACUUUAAUUAUAUAUACGUUUAUUUAAAAAUAAAAAUAGACAUAAAAUUAAUCUCUAAGUAAUUCCCGAUUAAACGACAACUUUUACAUUAGGUGCUAUACCCAACCGGAGUGUAAGAAUUAACGCCUAACGUAUUUCCGAACGAGGAUCUCAUAUAUAACUAAAAAUUUAGUGAUCGAUCAAAAAAGUUAUAAGCAAAAUCUUAUAUAUUUUAAAUUUUUCUAUUUGUUAUCCAUGCAUAUAAAUUAUAAAAUGACUUGAAACUAAUAAAAAUGAAAUAAUAUAUUAAUUAAAUAUGAACUUAUAUACUUAUGAAUAUUUAUACAUGUGCAAGGGCACGUAAAAACUACCUAGUUACCUAGUAAAUAUAUAAGAAAUAUAACAUAUUAUUAUACUUUUUAAUUAUAAAAAGUUUUGUGGGAAUUGUUUAUAUUGAAGCAUCCAUCGUCACAUUUAACUGAACGAAACAGAGAAUUCAACUCCUGAAACCAAGGUCCAAUGUCCAUUUCCUUGGCAUAUUUCAUAUUUGGCAAAACACAUUUUCCCUAAACUAUUCAACAUCCACAAAUCACCACCACCACCAACAAACAAAAUCCAAAACAAGAUCAAAGAAAUACAAAAAAAAAAUCAAGAAAUUAAGAAGAAGAAAAUCUUAUAACUAUCUUGUUUUGAAUCUUAUUGAAGACGAAAGAGAAAAAAUGGCAACAAUGAAAAUACCAAUGACGGUACCUUCUCCUCGAGUCGAUGCCGAGCAGCUCUUUAAGGCCUUCAAAGGAAGAGGUUGCGAUGCUUCGGUAAUAAUCAACAUCUUAGCUCACCGCAAUGCAAUGCAACGAGCUCUCAUCGAACAAGAAUACGAAACAAAGUUCUCAGACGACCUUCGCAAACGUCUCCAAUCCGAGCUUCACGGUCAUCUCAAGAAAGCCCUUCUUCUGUGGAUGCCUGAAGCAGUAGAGCGAGACGCUUCAAUACUGAAACAAGCACUGAGAGGAGCCGUGACUGAUCACAAAGCGGUCGCUGAGAUUAUAUGUACACGCUCUGGCUCUCAGCUUCGUCAGAUCAAACAGGUUUACUUAAACACUUUUGGUGUCAGGGUCGAACAAGACGUUGAAUCUGAAGCUUCUGGAAAUCACAAAAGAGUUUUGCUCGCUUAUUUGAACACUACACGGUAUGAAGGACCAGAGAUCGAUGACAAGAUCGUAGAGAAUGACGCUAGGGUUCUCAAGAAGGCGGUUGCGAGGAAGCACAAGUCUGAUGACCAGACAUUGAUUCAGAUUUUUACAGACCGAAGCAGGACUCACCUGGUCGCUCUUAGAUCUACCUACCGUUCGAUGUUCGGCAAAGAACUUGGAAAGGCCAUUAGGGAUGAGACACGUGGGAACUUCGAGCAUGUCCUUCUGACGAUCUUACAGUGUGCUGAAAACUCUUCUUUCUAUUUCGCAAAGGUAAACCUAAUCUCAUGUUUCUUGAACUAUAAGAAACAGUUUUUUUUAGAGGUUAGAAGCAGUAUGACAAAUGAAACUCUGCAGGCGCUGAGAAAAUCGGUGAAAGGGUUAGGAACAGAUGACACGGCGUUGAUUAGAAUGGUGGUGACAAGAGCAGAGGUUGAUAUGCAUUACAUUGUUUCAGAGUAUCGCAAGAGAUACAAGAAGACUUUGUACAAUGCUGUUCAGUCUGAUACAAGUGGUCACUACAAAACUUUUCUCCUCUCUCUUCUUGGCCCCAACGUUUGAUCUUAUGUAUCUAUAUAUAUAUACCCAAACCUUCACAUUCAUUCUUGGAGUAUUUUUUUAUAUAUCUAUAUAUCAUUCAAUAAUUCUUGUAAAAAUAUCUUGAAAGGAAGAUAUAAUAUGUUCAACAAAGAGCAAUUGAAAAGCUAUGUUUUGCAGACAAGAGUAAUCACUUCAAGGUUGGUUGUUAACUGUCUGAUACAUUUUCCAUUGAGGCAAGGAUGAUAAGAGCUUCUUGAGUAGCUUACAAGUAUAGUCUUCCCAAGAGGUAAUCGCGGCUGAUAUAUCCCUCAAGUCAAGUGAAUCCUUGUGUUGCUCAUUGAAGCAUGAAAACUGAUUUCAGUGGAUUGAUAGUUUCUAACUGAGGCUGGGACAUAGCUGCCAGCUCGUCUACGGGGUCAUUUUCGACCCUGGAAGCUUUGAGCUCAGAAACCUUCCAGUGGUGGAACUGAACAACCUGUUAGCCGUGUUAAUAACUAACGGCCUUGGAGAAACUCACGUGAAGUUCGGUUUUGAACAUAUGAUUAAGAGAGUAGUAACCUGAAGAGCAUGAAGAAUGUUGGUAAAUUUUCGGGUGAGCAGCUCUCCUCCUUUAGCUAUUUGUAUUGACCCCAUGAGUUGUUCAGAGGCAUCUAGAGAAGGAUCUUUGUCUUCUUGACUUGUACAUCUAAACCAAGAAGAUGCAACCUCGCAACGCAGACAUCAAAACAUAGGUUUUGAUUAGCAUCUUGAUGAUGACAGAACCAGUACAUGUUAGCGGAAGCAGGUACAUUGAUGGAGACAAAAUUCAAGUGAUAUGUGCAUUGGGAACGACGGGAAACAAGAUUAGAAUCUUCGUCAUGGGAUGAAUCCUGGCUAAACCACACUGCAAGAGUUAAUCUUUCUCCAUCUGUUACCUGUGAUCACCCAUCAGUUACUUACAUGGAAGUCAUAAAAACAAACAAAGGAGGCUGUAUUAAUAACCCGAAUGAAUAUUCCGAUCAUCAGCUGUGUACAUGACAACAUCCUGGUCAAGACAACCAAAUAUAAGAACCCGAAUUCCAAACUGACCAAACUAAUUUACAAAUCAGUUCAAUAUAUAUCAUUUUUGGAUCAAUUUGUAUCCAAUCGGUUUUCAAAUAAAAAUCGAACCAAACAAAUAUCCAUAAAUUUGAAAGGGUAUGAUCUAAUAGGUAAAAUGGCUAUUACCGGACCGGAUUAUCACUUCCAGUUCAAAUUUUUGGUUUGGUUUUAGUUUAGAGUUUCCCGUCCGAUCAGUUCCAGUUUGGGAUGUUUGGGUAAAUUGUAACUGGUUUAGGACUUAAAGUAUCUCUAAUGUAUACUUUUAUAAUUUUCUCUAAAAUAGAGAUUUUUAUUAUAAAAGUGAAAAUGCUCUAAUACAUAUAUCUAUAAUAGAGUUUCUCUAUUUUAAAAAGACAGUUACUUUUUGCCAAGCGGAUAAAGACUCUAAACCAAGCGGUUCAACAAGUAUCAAAUUCAAAAUUUCUACCAACUAGUCCAAUCGUUGCUAUCCAAAUCCCUCUAACUCUAUGAUCCAACACAUCUAUACUAUAUUAAAAGGGAUAUAUGAGCUCCAUUGAGCCUAUCCACGUCACCCAAUUAAAUCAACCAAUCAUACAAUUUUAAUGAUCCACGUCAUCAUCAACACCAAGCCAGCAAGUCAUCUUCUCCGUUUUGUAUAUCGGGCACGAUUUUUUUCACUCCUAUACGACUUCUCUCCUCCCUCCUCCUUCAAUUAAUCAUCCUUUAAACACAGUAACGUUUCAUGGUUCAGCUUCUCCUCUAUUGCUAUAUACAAGCCGUAUUUUUUAUUUUUGGUUCUGUCUCAAUAUAUUCCUUUGCUCACCACUUCCAUGGUGAUACCAUUGCUAUGAAGCCGGGAAUGGAAAAUUGAAGUAGGUUGUACAUAUAUUUAUAAUUAUUUGAUCCAACUUCCUUUCUCCAUCGUCGUCUUUUUAGGAUUUUGGAUUAUUCUUCUCCUUUGGAUUGCGUUUCUAAAUAAAUCUUCAAUUGGAGUUCCAGUGAUCGAAAUUGGCGUCGAAAUCAUCAACCCUUUAGACUCUUUGAAACCUAAUUAUGAUAUCGGGCACAAAGUAUGUAUCUUUAUUGUGAUUACAAUCGUUUGUUCUGAUUUUAGAAGAUUUAGAGAGUGAAAGUUGUGGUCUUUGCGAUGGAGUCAGCUAUAGAAAUCAGUUCAGACUGUGAUGUUGAGAUACAAGAAACUAGAACCAGCCUCCCUCUUCCCCAUCCACGGUUACCUCCUUGAGGUUCUCGCUUAUCCAUUGUUAUUUGUUUUGCUGAGGGAGUUGUCAAGUUAGUUUACGUAGCUUGUGCUGUGUGUUUUUGAUCUUGCAGGCUCUCAUAGAAGGGAACUCUCUGCGCUGGGACCUCUUCCAAUGCAAAUGGUCUCGCAAGAGUGGGACUUCCACUAUCCUCUUCACGCAAUGGGUUUGAAGCCAAGCCACUAACUAAUGGGCACAUCGGAUCUCAACAAGAUGUUAAAGAUGUUAAAAGGGUACUUCCUCCAUAUCUUACUCGGCCUCCUAUGCCGUUGAGACCGGAUAUUGUCGGUACGAGUAAUGGGAACGGGAGUCACUUUCGUGGGUUUAUAUUGCUACUCCAGCUGUGUCAGUUCCAGGCAACAACGGUAACUUUGGUGGUGGUUAUGGUGGGUUCCAUGAUGGGAUGGGGAUGGGGCGUGUCAUUAAUGGCGAUCGGUUGUUUCCUCCAUCUGGGGCGCAUGGAACAGCUGCUUCUACCUCGCAUUUCAAUGGUGGAAGUGAUCCGUUGCAUAGGAAUGGCAUGGGUGAAGAUAGGAGUUCGGAGAAUGACGAGAGGCUCAUCUAUCAGGCUGCACUACAUGUUUUUAUCAGUAUCCCAGCUCUUGUGUAGUUCACAUACUCUUUUGCCUUUGGUGGUUUUAAUACUAUGUUCUAUGUGCAAUGCACUUCUCUCUUUCACCAGAUCUUUGUCCGUUGGAACUUAUUUUAAACCAUUAUGCCAGUGGUACUGAAUUACUGCAAUGAAUGAAUGGACUAGGCUUGUUUCUUUA